UCCAGAGAGUUCACACACCCACACCAGUAGUCUAGCUGCCGGCCGCACAGUUUGCUGUCUCGACGACAUGGCCACCACCACCUGCAGGUCGUCGCUGCUGGCCGCCGCCCUCGUGGUGGCCGUCCUCGUCGCGUCGGCGGAGGCGGUGUGCAACAUGAGCAACGAGCAGUUCAUGUCAUGCCAGCCGGCGGCGGCGAAGACGACGGACCCGCCCGCGCCGCCGUCGCCGGCGUGCUGCGCCGCGCUGGGCGGCGCCGACCUGGGGUGCCUGUGCGGGUACAAGAACUCGCCGUGGAUGGGCGUGUACAACAUCGACCCCAAGCGCGCCAUGGAGCUCCCGGCCAAGUGCGGCCUCGCCACCCCCGCCAACUGCUGAGAUCGUCGAUAAUAUAAAGCUUAGCUUGUUGCCUCUUGUGUGGGUCGAUCUUGGAUCUUGGGCGUUCGUUCUUUUUCUGAGGAAACUUGGGCGGCGUUCGUUCUUGUUGACUCGUUGUGACGUGCUCUCGUGCAUGUGCGCGCUGCGUCGUCGGUGUGUGCUUGUGUGUGUGUGUCAUCGUCGCAUGUAUACAUGUAUCCAUGUCGUACGUUGUGCCUUCUAUAUGUAACUGUGUGGUUUUGAUCCAAAACGAGGUUCUUACUGCGUGCU